AUGAAGUCACUUGAACUCCAGGAUGACUUGGAUCUUGAAGCCCGUGGAUAUCGCCGUCAAAUGCCCCGGCAGUUCUCGACCUUCAGUCUUGUUGCCCUCUCUUUCAGUCUAACUUGCACCUGGUCCGGGACCGGCUCAUCAAUUGGUAUCUCUCUACAGGAGGCCUCGGCGGCCGGCACCAUAUGGUCACUUCCAGUGGCGGCUCUGAUGACUGCAAUCCUGUCCGCUGGAGUUGCCGAAUUAGCAUCCGCCUAUCCUGUCGCUGGAGCCCAGUACUACUGGGCAUUCUGCCUUGCAUCCAAAGAAUGGCGAGCGUUUGCUUCUUACAUGAACGGCUGGCUCAGUAUUUUAGGAUGGUGGCUAGCCAGUGGUGCAGCCUGCAACUUCAUUGCAUCUUUAAUGUUAUCGAUCGUGGUGCUAUGGUACCCGAACUAUGAGAUCCAGAACUGGCAACAAUGGCUUGUCUACAUUGGAGUGGUGUGGCUCGCAGUUGCGUUCAAUACAUGGGGAUCCCAGCUGCUUCCUCUAUACAAUCGCUUCAACUGUGAGCAGUACACGUCGUACUCCCUGGAAAAUUAUAAGUUCCUUGUCUCAUGCAUUACUCUCACCACAACAACGAUCACAGUAUUCGUCUGCAGUCGAAACAACCACGCCCCUCCCGAGUGGACAUUCGGUGAUGCGACAAAUGGGACAGGCUGGCAAAGCGAGGGGCUCGCCUUUCUGCUGGCGAUCUGUAAUGCCGUUUACGCGUUUCUCGGGACAGACUGCGGGGCGCACAUCUGCGAAGAGAUUCAUGAUCCAACCCGGAACACACCUAAGGUCAUCUUGUACCCAAUCCUCAUAGGCCUAUUAACCGCGUUUCCUUUUGCUGCCGCUUGUAUGAACGCCAUCACCGAUAUAGAUGCAGUGCUUAACUCGCCCACUGGUGUACCUCUGAUUCAGAUUUACUAUCAAAGCACCGGUUCUAAAGCAGCUUCUUCCAUUCUAUUGGCUCUAUUCGCAUUUUGCUUCUUCGGGUGCACUGUCGGGAAUGGCAAGUUCAUAGCCUCCACGGAUGAUUCUGGGUCACUAAUUUCUUGUUUUUCAGGUACCACAUGCUCGAGAACGAUUUGGGCUGUUUCACGCGACGACAUGCUGCCAUUCAGUAGGGUAUGGGCAGUUGUCAAUACUCUUUUUAAGAUCCCACUCAACGCACUUUGUCUAACUCGCACAGUUGUCUCGCUAUAUGGCCUUAUCUUCCUUGGCUCAUCAACCGCCUUCUCUGCAAUGGUCGGCGCUGCCAUUAUCUUUCUUCAAACCUCCUGUGCUCUACCACAGGCCAUUCUUCUGUGGCGUGGGCGACACAUUUUACCUGAAAGACCCUUCUCGCUCGGCCGAUUCGGCUUUGCUAUCAACCUUAUUUCGGUGCUAUGGGUACUUCUCCUUGACACUCUCUGUUUCUUCCCGAUUGAGAUGCCAGUGACAAAAGAGAACAUGAAUUAUGUCUCUGUUGUGUCUAUUGGCCUCACAAUCUCCGUGCUUGCAUUGUAUUUGUUCUCGAAAAAGGGCAAGUAUCUCGGGCCGCGUUUGCCGAAUGAAGAUCCGGGCCAGCGAGAAUGUCAGAUCAAUGAGGGACAGGAACUUGAGAAUGAUGCAGAUGCAGACUCUAGAUGGGACAUGCCAAAGAAAGAAUAA